AUGCUGCAGGCCACCUUCAAGCUGUGCUGCGGCAUCGCCCACGACCCCCUCCGCAACCUGCCCGGUUUGAGGACAACAGCAAUUGCAGCCAUACAGAAGGACAUGAGAGGUCUGCUGGAAAGAGGAUCCCAUCACCUGCCUUCCAAAAUCCCUCCCUAUAUUCAGAGGCUGGUGGGGAAGGAGAAAGCCACAUGCCCAGAGCCUGCUGGAGACCUCAGCCCCUGCCAGCCCUCCAGUGUGGACCUUUCCUACAUCACUCAGGGCGAGAGGGCCCUGCAGCGAGCCCUGAGCAUCCUGCAGCACCACACCAGCUGGCAGGCAGAAGUGAUGAAGGAUGCUGGGGCCACGGUGAGCAGCGCUGCCCUCCCCGGGCUGGGCAAGGUGUUCAGGGCGGAGGUGGUCCUGGCUGUGCCAGUGGCACAGCUACACCAGGAGCUCUUCGAGAGGAUUGAGCAGAUGCCUCGGUGGAACCCAGCCCUCAGCCAGGUGAAGGUGCUGCAGCACGUCGGCAGGGACACGCUGGUGACACACGAGGUCACUGCUCCCAGCCCAGGCAACCUGGUGGGGCAGAGGGACUUCGUCAGCGUACGGCACCGCGGGAGGAGGGACGCAGCCAUCUACCUGGUGGGCACUGCCACCCACCGAGAGCCUCUGCCCCUGCAAGAGGGGUGCAUCAGGGCUGAGUCUCGGCUGAGCUGCAUCGUCCUGCAGCCGCUGGCAGGGGACCCCGGCCGCACCCACCUCACCUGGCUCCUCAGCAUGGACCUGAAGGGCUGGGUCCCCGUGUCCGUCGUUAACCGCCUCCUGCCGCAGUCCCAAGUGGACUUCAUCAAGCACCUCCACCAGCACCUCUCUGCCACCACCUGCCCCUGA